UUUAUCUUUCCGUCUUUUUCUUUUUCUUUCUUUUCUUUCUUUCUUUGCCAUACAUACCCAAUCUCUUCAAUGACGGCUUCCUCUUCUUCUUCUGUUAGAGUAGCUGUUCGUGUUAGACCAUUAACAGAUAAUGAAAAACAGCAUUUCCAACAUAACGCCAUUAAAUUUAUCCCUAAUAACCAACAACAAAUAGUAUUGGAUGGAGACAGAUCAUUCACAUUUGAUUAUGUAUAUCCACCAACUGCAAAUCAAAAUGAUGUCUAUUCAACAUGUGUUAUACCUCUUCUAAAUAAAUUUAUGGAAGGAUAUAAUUCCACUAUUUUAGCAUACGGUCAAACAGGUAGUGGCAAAACAUAUAGUAUGGGCAUUGGAUUAGACUCAGUCAUGAACGCUGUUAAUGAAGGCAUCGUACCAAGGUUCAUCCAUUCUUUAUUCCAAGGACUUAAUGCAAAAAAAUCGCCCAAUUACUCUUUUCAAGUUUGUGUCUCGUUCUUGGAGCUGCAUAAUGAGGAUCUUGUCGAUCUCUUGUGUCCUUCCGCUGUCAAACGUAGUGGAUAUGUCAGUAAUUUAACGAUCCGAGAAGACAGCCAAGGAAAUAUAUGUUGGAGCGGUGUCAAAGAAGAGGUGGUUACGAGUCCAAAUGAACUCAUGGGUUUUCUGCAAAAGGGAUCUAUCGCUCGUACAACUGCUUCAACUGAUAUGAAUAACACUUCCUCAAGAUCACAUGCCAUAUUUUCAGUCAUUCUAAAACAGGAAUACAUUAUAUCCUCUGAUACAGACGAAUCUGUGGGUGACCCUACCACAAAUAAAAUACAUAGAUCACCUUCUGAUCAAACGCUCGUCAGUAAUUCUUCCACGCCGCAUGUUAAGAAAUUAUCUUCGAAAUUUCAUUUUGUUGAUUUAGCUGGUUCAGAAAGAUUAAAAAGAACAAACGCCGUGGGAGAUCGGGCGAAAGAAGGCAUUUCCAUAAAUACAGGUUUACUAGCGCUUGGAAACGUCAUAUCUGCUCUCGGGGAUGAAUCACGUCGCGUGUCUCAUAUACCCUAUCGGGACUCUAAACUCACUCGCCUGUUGCAAGAUAGUUUAGGAGGUAACAGUCAAACUCUUAUGCUCGCUUGUGCCUCACCAUCCGACUCGAAUAUUACUGAGACAUUAAAUACCUUAAAAUACGCCAACAGGGCUCGUAAUAUCCGUAAUAGAGUCAUCAUUAAUCAAGAAGUCGGUGAGGCUGAACGUCUCAAGGCCACCAUCACGCGACUUAAAGAGGAGCUCAGGGGUACCGAUGAUUUUCUUCGUGCAGUCAACGAUGAAAUGGACAGUUUAAAGAACCAAGUAGGAUCACUUCAUCAGGCAUUAAAUCAAGCGACUGAAGAAUUAGCCAUGACCAAAUACGAACGAGAUACUUUUAAACAUCAGCUUAAUGACGAUGGUUCUGAAACAACCGUUAGUGAAAUAGGAAAUUCCCUUGUUAGAGAAUACGCCAAAACAAUAGAGUUACUUCGUAUAGAAUUACUUGAAUCUCAGCAGCAGCAAAACAUUCAUCCAACCGCAAAGCCUUUAUUUGUUGAUCAAAAGAAUUCAACUUUGCAAAUCGAUCAUGUUGACUCCUCUACGACUUUAGUGGCAUCCCCUACACAUUCAAAGUCAUACUUUGACAAUCCUGAGAAAAAUGAUCGUAAAAAAAAGAAACAUAGUUAUCGGUUCGGUAGUAAACGAUUAAAAAGUCAAAGAAGAAGAAGCAUUACAUUGUUAACCUCCAAUAGCAGCAACCCAUCUCCUAAACCAGUCAAAUCCGCAGCUGAUCUUCACAUUUUAAAUCAAGCAAGAAAAACCAUUGAGAGAGAGACUGAAUUUUUGGAAUCUGCAAAAAUAUCUAUUGCCUCUGAUAGUUUUUGGGAUAACAAGGACCAGGAUUUAAUGACGGGUCCUAAAGUUUUGCAAUAUCGAAGAAGAACAGUCGAUGUCAUUCCCCCCAUCUCUGUAGCAUCUGCACUCCAAACCGAUCAUAUCAAUGAAAACAAGCGUCUCUUACAAAAACUCUCAAACAUGAUUGAGAGUAAACAUCUUGUGAUUAGACAACUAGAGAAAUCAGAAAAAUUACGCACCGAACAAGCUCAGCAGCUCAAUCGAAAAAUCGCAGACCUACUUUCCAAAAAGACUUCAUCCAGUAGCCAAUAUAAACGUGAGUUAGCAGAGACUCGCUCACAAUAUGAGUGUCGUAUCAAGAAGCAACAGGUCGAAUUACAAUCACUCCGUCGCAAACACAUGCAAUUGAUGAGCAAAACAGACGGAAUGCGCAAUCAGAACCAGUCUGUCAUUGAACAAUUAAAUCGUACUGUCGAGAAACUAACACACGAAAAGAAGAAGCUUAUCAAACGCUUAAAAAUGGAAUCAGAUCGUGCUAGGGAGAAACACAUGGAAAGCGACCGGGAAAUGGCUAAACUUAAACGACAGGAAGCUCAAUCCGUAUCAGCAAAAAAGAGAAUGGAAAGAGAACUACUUCAACAAAAAUCCGCAACCAAACGUUCUACCGAAGAAAUUGUUGCGUUGGGAGGUCAAAUGAAACAAAUCGCCGCCAUUCUCAAAAAAGUCAUGUCCAAUGGCGGAAAAAAGAAGCCGAAUAACAGCGCAAUCACUGAUAGAAAUUUACUGGCAAAAGCAGCGGCUUGUGCGAAUGUGAGGGGGUAUCUUGUAAAGCAAAGUGCCAUAAAGAAAUCCGGAGGAAAAUUCCAGGUUACUACUUUACAGCAACAUGUAUACCAAAAGAAGAGAUUGAUUCAUCGUGCUAUCACUCUAUAUGUCAGAGGACAAUCAAGUAACAAAAUUGGCGAAGAGCUAAUUCAAAAGCGAGAUCGCUUAAUACAAGAACAAAACGAGCUCUUGACCGAACGGAACUUGGUUCUCGAAGAGGAAACGAAGAAAAACCUAUCUAUUGAUGCCACUAUGCCACAAUAUAUGGAUGAGCGAAUUGAUUUAAUCACUGUUCAGGUCGACACGCUCAAUCAACAAAUUAUCCGUCUCUCUGAGGAAAAAUGUACUGCCGACAGUAGCGAUGAUGAUUGGAUGGACGUUGUGGAUAAGGAACUUCAUAUUGGAAUGCUAGAUGACACUGAUUCCCAAGUUGCUUAUGAAAUUGCUCUUUCGCUUAUCCGAUCAUUAGAACCUGAGGAAGCACGACUUGUUUCAGAAUCACUUAUGGAAGAUAUUGUGCAGCUAAAGACAGAUCAACAGCAUAGUACUACCUCAAUCAAGCACUUGGGUUCUAUGCUGAACUCACUUCAGACUGGUUUGGUGCAGAUGAGGAGAGUAGGCCAUGAUCAGCAACAUGCAAACAUGGACUAUUUUUCAAGAUCUGCAAAUUCGGCAUUGAAUUCAUUAUUUCUUAAAGUCUUGCAAAGUCCUGUAGAUAUACAAUGCGGACUUGUUUUACCGAAAAAUGAGUCCAUUUGUUAAUAUACCUGUAUACAUUUUUGUAGUUAUAUUUAAAUGCUUAUAUAUUAAAAAUUUACAAAACUAGAAAGAUGUAAUGUAGCUAAUAGUAUGUAAGAUGAAAAUCGGUGCUAGUGUGGAUUGAAUAAGCUAAUGUUUGGAACUUAAAGCUAUGCCAAAAAAUGUUGUAAAUUUUGAAGCAAUAGAUGUUUUAUAUGAUAUGUGACUCAAUGUAUGGAAUACAGCUCUUUUUUUUUUUUUUAAAAAA